AUGAGAUUGUCAACAAUUGAAAAUGAAAAGCAUGAUAAAUUAAUUAAAAAUGAAGCCAACUCUGCAAAAGAAUUAAAGAAUUUAGGUGCAGAAAAUGAGUUUAUAAUAUCAAAUCUAGAUAUGCAAGUUAAAAAUCUGAAAAAUGGUGACUACAAAGAGUUAAAAAGAAUAUUUAAAGAUUUAAAUAUAGAAAAUGAAAAUUUGGCAAAUAUACAAUUUGAACAAUGA